GCUAAUUCAGUAAUCGUCGUUCUUCUCAUCCCUUGAACUGAAGAGCCUUAUAGGCGACUACUGCAUGUUCAGCUCCCACAUCAGAAGCUCUCACCUGCACUGCAUUCUGCAACCCUAAGCCAUCAACCAUGGUUCUUCUACAGCUAGAUCCGUUUCUCAAUGAACUCACCACCAUGUUCGAGCGCAGCACCGAGACGGGCUCUGUUUGGGUUACACUUAAACGAUCAUCCUUGAAGUCUAAAGCCGUGAGGAAUAAAAUGGCCGCAGCUGGUGAAGCGAUUGACUAUAAAUGCCUUAUUCGUGCCACCAAUGGGAAGAAGACAAUUUCUACAUCCGUUGGAACAAAGGAUCAUCAGCGCUUUCAAGCUUCUUAUGCAACUAUAUUAAAGGCCCACAUGACUGCAUUGAAGAAGAGAGAAAGGAAAGACAAGAAGAAAUCUGCGGAGGCUGAUAAGAGAGAAGGCACUUCAAAGAGACCUAAGAAAUCUUAAAGUAACAACCUUUGCUGCUUGAGCUUCU